AUGCCAAAACUACAGUUGCGAUCUUUAGCAUCUCAAGACAAGAUCGAAGAAAUCUUUGAAAGGUUCAAGCCUCAUGCAGUCAUCCACACUGCCUCCCCAUCCUAUAUGGAUACCAAAAAAACAUUAAUGAGUAAAAAUGUCGAUGGUACAAAGGCUCUACUGGAAGCUGCGAGGACUUGUAGUGAUACGAAAGCCUUUGUUUUUACCUCAUCCGAUGAGGCUAUCAUGCCGACACAGGAACCAACAUCCGAGGAGAAUGCUCAUCGAUACGAUGAAAACAACGCCCCCAACGCCCCCAACACCUACGCUCUCUCAAAAGCUCUAGCCAAAAGACUUGUAAUUGCUGCAAACUCCGAAGAGCUGUAUACUUCUGUCAUAAGAAUUCCUGGUAUCUACGGCAAAUACGACGAUAAUUUCAUCCCUCAGCUUGUAUCAAGUAUGAGAGAAAAAGAACACAAAAUGCAAGUUGGAAACAACACGAAGGUGUUCGAAUUCUUAUAUGUGAACAAGGCAGCAGAGGCACAUAUCAUGGCUAUGAAAGCUCUCUUGAACCCUUCGACUCGCGAUCAAGUUGGCGGUGAAGACUUCUUUAUCUCUGAUGGAAAACCACAGGGGUUGUUUGACUUUUGUAGAAGGAUCUACGCGGCUGCUGGUAGCCCUGUCAGACCCGAAGAGGUGACGAGUAUUCCUUUGUCUGUUAUGCAGACGAUGGCGUCGACGAUGGAGUGGGUGUAUUGGGUGUUUACACUGGGCACGGUACAGCCUAGUUUACGGAGAAUCAGUAUGGAUCAUCUUGAUACAGGUUGUUGCUGGUCUUUGGAUAAAGCGAGGAGGAUAUUGGGAUAUGAGCCUGUCCAAGAUCAGGAUAAAGUGAUAGAAAGGACGAUGGACUGGACUAUGAAAACCUUCUGA